UACGAUGCUUCUAAGCGCAGAACCUGGGAAUAUAAAUUCCAUUCAUUGGUCUCAAGUCUUUGAACCAUCUGGAUCCGGAAUUCUUGUGAAGGUUCACUACGCAAGUCUUACUCCUAUAGAUGGUAAAAAGGCAACAGGAGCAGUAUCUCAUCAAGUGAACGAAAUCUGUUAUGGUAUGGAUUACAGCGGUGUUACUGAAAGUGGACAUCGUGUGAUGGGUAUAGUUCAUCGAGGUGCUUGUCGAAAUUAUCUUCGAGCUCACGCCGAUCUGUUGUGGCCAGUCCCGGAUCACUGGAGUCUCGAAGACGCAGCAACUGUUCCUUUAGCUUAUGCGUAUGCUUUUUACUGUCUAAUGAUUAAAGCAAAACUUUAUUCGGGUAUGAAAAUUUUAAUACACGAAGGAGCUGGAGCACUCGGCCAGGCUGCCAUAUCCAUUGCUCUGGCACACAAAUGUCAAGUGUUCACUACAGUUGGUGACGUGAGAAUGAAAAGUUUCUUGAAAAAGCUCUAUCCGGAAUUGAAAGAACAACACAUUGGGAAUUCUCGAGAUGUGACUUUUGGUGACAUGGUACUAUCAGCAACAAGUGGGAAAGGUUGCGAUGUUGUAAUAUGUAAUGUUGUACCCUGGCUCAAACAUGUUUCACUUCAAUGUUCUGGUGUUCGAGGCAUUGUUCUUGACACGGCACAAAUACAAAACCAGCACAAGUUCGAAUUCCGUAUGAAAAAUUUGAUGAGAAGUAGAUCCUAUGCGAUUAUUGAUUUUGCAUCCAUUUUCGAUUCUGCGAAUAGGGAAGAAUUGAAAAAAUUACAGAUUCUCAUGAGUGAGGGCAUAUGUGAGGCCUACGUGCGACCACUAGGGCGAGUGACUUAUGCUGCAGAUGAAGCUCCACGAGCUCUACGCCUGUUAUCGAAGAGUUGGCAUCGAGGACAUGUGCUUUUAAGACUUACAGCUCGAGCGCUUCCAGCUAGCCUUAGGAUUAACUGUACUUCUAAAUGCAGCCAUUUAAUCAUCUGCAGCGACGAAUAUUUUGGUAUUCAAUUGGCAAAAAAGCUUAUCAGUAGAGGUGCCAGAAUGUUACAUAUCUGUUGUGCGAAGCCUUCGUGGUAUCUCCAGCAUCAAACUGAUAAUCUUAAAUCUCUUGGAGUGAAUGUUAUCGUAUCUUCAAAUAACUUAAAUGAUUUGGAUGAUGUUGCAACCGUGCUAAAAAAAACUAUAGCCAUGGGACCGGUAGAAGGCGUAUAUGUGACGAGCUUCAAAGAUAUGGAUAAAUACGUAUCAAAUAGCUUGGAAUACCUUGAUGCUAUGUCACGAAAAUGUUGCCCAUCCCUCAAAUAUUUUGCAGUGAUCACAAAUAGUGAAAACGUCGGAAAACAAACGUCGAUUUUCAGAGCAAAGGAUAAUUUAGUUAUUUCACGUAUUGAAGUUCAAAAGCCAGAUUUUUGUGGGGAUACAAAUACUGAAGUACUGUUAGACAGAAGAGCUUGGGAUCUAUCGCUUUUAGGCGCAGUCGAGACAGGACUUUGCUCCAAGCUUCCAUUGUUGGUCGCACAAAUAAAGACUGAGACGUUGCCGCUGUAUCAACAGCUUGGUGAUGUCGCUGAUCUUCCAUUAUUAAAAGAGGCUGGCGACAAGACCACUCUACAAGAUUUGGUUGCUGAAAGUGACAACAUAAAAGUUAUUAAGGAAUUUUUACGUCUUAAAUAUCAUGUUUGUAUUUCGGAACACAAUGUUUUGAAGUUAAAUAAACAAAAACUUCGUGAGAUAGAUUUUCUUGAAAACAACUUUGAGAACAAACAAGGUUUAGCUGUUUACUUCUCUCACAUAGCUGAAGAUGAGCUCAGUUCCGAUACUCAUAUAUACUUAUUGCCUACUCUUGGUAAUGCAGAUGCGGAAAAACGAGUCGAUGCACUGAAGUCUGAGUACUUGUGCGUUGUUCCGGGGAUUGAAGGUCAUCACGUAAGAUUUCGUGGUCUAUGCGAGAGACUCAAACUGCCCGCGCUGGUGCUGCAGCCAAGUUUGGAUGUGUUGCACGAAACCAUAGAACAAGCCGCUCAGCGCUACUCUAAGACACUCAUGGAAAAAAUUGGUGUCGGUAACACUUUCUACUUGCUUGGGUGCGAUAGUGGGAUUUUGAUUGCGAUGGAACUAGCUGCAAUACUUGAAAAAAAUGGUUUUUUGGGUACAAUAUUUUGUCUUGGAACUGCACCAGAAGAUGUCAAGCCAGUAAUUGAACAACAACUAGGCGCGUUCUCGACAGAGGACCAACUGCAGCUUGGAAUUUUAAAACAUAUUUUUAUGCUACUAACUGGCGAAGUACCAUCAGAUUUAGAUGAAACUCUGCACCCUCACUCUUCUUGGAAUGAAAAAAUAGAUGCUUAUAUCAAAAUUAUGGCCGAUCGUAUAACACAAACAAAGCAAUAUGUGAAAGCGAUAGUACAAUCCGUAUAUGCAAGAAUUCUUAGCAUCAAACAGUACGACUCUUCAACUUUGCCUACACUGAAAUCUACAGUCGUAAUACUCCGCUCUCCAGGAUAUUCGUCAAAUUCAUCUGCAUCAUCAUACGUAAUUGAAGAUUUAUCAGCACCACUUUGUGAUGCUGCCAAAGAUGUGCGAUGUGCAGCCAUCAUCAAUAACAAUUUGUCAACUGAAAUAUUGCAAGAAUUCAAAACGAAGAAUCUAUGUGAUAGCUUUGUGAUAAAUUUUGACGACAAUUACUAUAAGUAA